AAAACGAUGAUGAAAUCCCAAUUUUGGUUAAUUGUUAUGUCAAGCUAGCUAUGUCUAAUUCACUAUAAAUAUAUAUAUGAACACAACUUGCCGCAAUAUCUUCUGAACAAGCAGUGACAAGUUUAUGACCUAAGAGGUGCGAUCAUGACCAAAAUUCCUCCCCUCUUAGCUACCCAAGUCAUAGUGCUUCUUUCUUCAUUUUCCAUCAUUUCGGUCCAAGGAAAAAACCCAGGUGUUGUUAGAACAAAGCUUUUGGGGCUGAAAAAAGAAGAAAAACUUAGCCACUUUCGGUUGUAUUGGCACGACAUUGUUAGCGGUCCAAAUCCCAGUUCAGUUGCAGUGGUGAAACCAGUCACGAAUUCAUCAACAGGGUUUGGUUUUAUAAGCAUGAUUGAUGAUCCACUUACUGAAGGACCUGAAAUGAGCUCAAAAUUGUUGGGAAGAGCUCAAGGGUUUUAUGGAUCUGCUUCACAAAAAGAGGCUGGCCUAUUGAUGGCCAUGAAUUUUGCUUUCAUUCAAGGCAAGUAUAAUGGUAGCACCAUAACUGUGCUAGGAAGGAGCCAAGUAUUUAACAAGGUCAGGGAGAUGCCUGUGAUCGGAGGCAGCGGGCUUUUCCGGUUUGCGAGGGGUUAUGCUGAAGCAAGAACUCACUAUUUCAACCUCACUACUGGGGAUGCUAUAGUUGAGUAUAAUGUCUAUGUGCUGCAUUACUGAUCAUGCUUAUUUUCUGGGCACAUUUACUUUUUCCUUUGCUUGUCUAGCUUGCUUUUGUUUUAAGGUCUUGUAACAUCUAUAUAUACAUAUAUAUAUAUAUAUGCUGAUUUUGGAUCAUGCUGUCCCUUAUAAUCUGAGGAUGAACAUUUUUAAUCCAAAUUCAUACAACUUGAAUUAGUAUCCAAUUUAUUAUA